AUGAAAAUUAAAUGUUUGAGUCGAAAUCCUGAUGAUUUUCUCCGGGAAACGAAAAGAGACAUCCAUAAAGUCCCUAGAAACUAUGAUCCAAACCUACAUCCGUUCGAGGCCCCCAGAGAAUAUGUCCGUGCAUUGAAUGCUGCUAAAUUAGAACGAGUUUUUGCUAAACCAUUCCUAGGAUCGUUAGAUGGUCACAGAGACAGUGUCAGUGUUAUUAAAAAACAUCCCACCAGUCUUUCAUUGUUAUUUUCUGGGGCAUAUGAUGGAGAGGUUCGACUAUGGAAUAUAGCAAGAAGGAAUUGUGUAAAAACUGUCCAAGCACAUGAUGGUUUGGUACAAGGACUGUGUGCUCAUCCUAAUGGACAGUCUAUUUUCUCGGUGGGUGCAGAUAAACUGAUAAAACACUGGAGUCUAACAGAAGAAGGUGAUAUUGUAGAUGAACCUAAAUCAGUCAUUAUGGGUAGGAGUGUGUUUCAAUGUAUUGAUCACCAUGGUAAAGAGAAUUAUUAUGCCACGUGUGGGGUGGGAGUAAAUAUCUGGGAUGAAGAGAGGACAGAACCAAUGAGAUAUUUUACAUGGGGUGUAGAUUCUAUACAUCAUGUCAAAUUUAACCCCAUUGAGUGCAAUAUACUGGGAGCUGCUGCAUCUGAUAGAAGUAUUAUAUUGUAUGAUAUGAGAGGAUCUACUCCAUUACGAAAGGUGAUAUUGAAAUUAAGAAGUAACGCUAUCACGUGGAAUCCAAUGGAAGCCUAUAUUUUUACAGUAGCUAAUGAAGACUAUAAUUGUUAUACGUUUGAUAUGAGAAAGUUAUCUAUACCAAUGAAUGUACACAGAGACCAUGUUGCCGCAGUAAUGGAUGUAGAUUACUCACCAACUGGUAAAGAAUUUGUAACAGCCGGAUAUGAUCAUUGUUUAAGAAUAUUUCCACUAGAUCACGGUCACAGUAGAGAAAUAUAUCACACACAGAGAAUGCACAGAAUUCACACGUGUUGUUGGUCACUAGAUAAUAAAUACAUACUGUCUGGAUCUGAGGAAAUGAAUAUCAGAUUGUGGAAAGCCAGGGCUUGGGAAAAACUAGGAACAUUAAAAUCUAGAGAGAGUACAACAUUACGAUAUAACGCCAAAUUAAAAACUAAAUUUAGCAAUCAUCCUCAAGUUAAACGUGUUUUAAAACAUCGCCACGUUUCUAAAAUGGUCUUUCAUAACACAAGAGAAAUCAGAAAGAUUAGAGAAGCUCAGAAGAAAAGGGAACAGAAUAGAAUGGAGAACAGUAAGAUUGGAUCAGUUGGCUACAAAUCAGAGAAAGAAUCACACAUGGUGGGAGAACUGGAGUAACUUCAUUAUAAUAAUAAAAUGUACAUAUUAUUUU